UCGAUGAUUCGUGUCGGUCGGUCCGGACCAAGUCGUCAGUACCUGGGGCUAAAAGAGUUUACCUAUCAACCUUCAGUUUCACCCUCCGGUGAGUUCAUUCGCCCGAACUUAAUAGUAGCAGACAAAUCCGCAUCGUCACCAUCAUCAUGUUGAUCAAACCGUAAACUCAUCGGGAGCAUACGUAGCAUCGCGGCGGUGACUGGCCCAGUCGCCGCCUCUAUCUAAGUACCCUGUACCCCGAUCGGAGGUACUCAGCCUUGUGGUCGAGCGAUGGUCGUAGGUAAAUGCCGUGUACAGUACUCACUCAACAAGUAUCUAGAGGUCGUAGGAGUACAUCCUCUCCUCCACAGUUCACACACCGUUUUCCCCUCCUCCUCCCUUCUCUGCUGCUUUCUUUCUCUGUUUUCCCUUCCCUCAGUUCCCUGUCUUGCCCUCGUUUCGCCGCCUGCUGCCGAACGACCGUUGUUUCCGAUAAGCCUCCAGCAGCAGCAGCAGCGGCGGCCUCUUCCUCGUCUUGUCGCCCGGUACUAUCGUCGUCACCAUUCACCAGUUUGGGGUGGGUGGGUUGCCGUCAUCCACACCCCGGCUACAGCCUACUUGACUCGACGCCGAGCGGGAAACUCGAUCGAGUCCGCCAAACCUCAACCACCACCACCACUGCCAUUACUACCACGAUUACCACCUCCGCCGCCGCCGUCGCCGCCGCUUCUUUCUCUCCCUCCUUCUCAACAGUGAUUAUCACCAACUACUCACCUGCCUACCUACCUACUACCUACCUUACCUUACCUCACCUCCUCCCUCGUCAUCCUAUCCCUCUGCCGUCUCGCCCUCCUCUUCAGUCUUAUCUUUCGGCCGAUCAACCAGCUGUCCCUACUCUCUCUCGGCUUAGUCGAUCCGUGAGCGAUGCGUCCUC